GGGGCCGCCAUGGCCCGGCGGCGGCGCCGCGCCUGCAUCGCGCUGUUCCUGGUGCUGCUGUUCGCCUUCGGCACCCUCAUGGGCCUGCGCACGCUCAAGGCCCCGGACGGGCUCCCGGCGCUGGGCCCCGGCCUGGAGCUGGCGCCCUUCGAGCGGCGCCCGGAGGGGGCCCCCGCCGCGCCCCCGCCGCCGCCGCCGCCGCCCCGCACGGCCGGCCCCGCCAGCGCCCCCGGCCCGGCCCCCGCGGAGGCCGCGCCCGCCCCCGGGCCGGGCCCGCGCGUCUACUCGGACCUGCACGCCUUCUACUACUCGUGGUACGGGAGCCCGCGGCGCGAGGGCCGCUACGUGCACUGGGACCACGUCAUGGUGCCGCACUGGGACCCCAAGAUCUCGGCCAGCUACCCCCGCGGCCGCCACAGCCCCCCCGACGACUUGGGCUCCAGCUUCUACCCGGAGCUGGGGCCCUACAGCUCCCGGGACCCCGACGUGCUGCGGGAGCACAUGACCCAGCUCCGGGAAGCCGCCAUCGGCGUCCUGGUCCUGUCCUGGUACCCGCCUGGCAUGGCUGAUGAUAACGGGGAGCCCUCAGACGACCUGGUACCCGCCAUCCUCGACACCGCCCAUCAGUACAACAUCCAGGUGGCCUUCCAUAUCCAACCCUACAAGGGCCGGGAUGACAUCACGCUGCAUGACAACAUCAAGUACAUCAUUGACACGUAUGGCUCCCACGGUGCGUUUUACCGCUAUAAGAACAGCAUGGGUAAGAGCCUCCCACUCUUUUAUAUCUACGACUCAUACCUGACAUCCCCGGAGGCCUGGGCCCACCUCCUGACACCCAACGGGCCCCACUCCAUCCGCAACACCCCCUAUGACGGGGUCUUCAUCGCGCUGCUGGUGGAGGAGGGCCACACUCACGACAUCCUGGCUGCCGGGUUUGACGGCAUGUACACCUACUUCGCCUCCAACGGUUUCUCCUUCGGCUCCUCCCACCAGAACUGGAAAGCCGUGAAGAACUUCUGUGAUGCCAACAACCUCCUGUUCAUUCCCAGCGUGGGGCCUGGCUACAUUGACACCAGCAUCCGGCCUUGGAACAACCACAAUACUCGGAACAGGGUCAACGGCAAGUACUAUGAGACGGCCCUGCAGGCGGCCCUGAUGGUGAGGCCCGAGAUCGUCUCCAUCACCUCGUUCAACGAAUGGCACGAGGGCACCCAGAUCGAGAAGGCCGUUCCCAAGAAGACGCCGACACGUCUGUAUCUGGACUACCUGCCUCACCAGCCCAGCCUGUACCUGGAGCUGACCCGCCGCUGGGCAGAGCACUUCAUCAAGGAGAAAGAGCAAUGGCUGAUGUGAGGAGCCAACGUCCUGGCCUCGCCGGAAGGGGUCACCGCGUGGGGCUCGGCCGAGGCUGUAGGCACUCGACCGUCUCCAGGUCAGCGACAGGGCACCUCUGGGUGGGCCAUCAGGCCCGGGCCCGUGUGGAACGGAGCUGGUUUCUCGGCAAGCGGGCGCUGGGAUGCUCUGCAGUGACGGGAAAUGAGGUGGGGUCCCAGAGGCUGGCAGGUGACUGGCCUCAGCCCAGGGCCGCUCCACAUCCUGUCCUUAACACUUUAAGAUAAUCCCUUGGAGCUUGGACCUCAGCAGGUGGGCGCUGGGUAGCCGUCACCAGGUCACUGCUCUCGGGAGGUCAGGGCUCUGGGCUCGCGCGCGCCCUGCUCCGUCAGCCUUCUUCCCCUGGCGUCCGUCUUCUCCAAGUGACGGAACCGUUAUCUGAGACUUCCAAGAGGGAAACUGAGCCCUUCCCAGUAGCCUCCUGAACACAAUGAUCAGGAAAUAAUCCUGAGCGUUCGUACAUUCAUUAAACACAUACUAACGGAGCACCUUACUAUGUGCUAGGCACUAGGGAGAAACUUGACCUGGGAAGGUUCCUUUCUUCCAGAAGCUUACAGGAUCCAGCUUUCCUUAUUUGGCGUGGCCUUGUAGCUAGUACCUGAGCACAGUCUUUCCUCUUCGCAGUUUUGCCCAGUGCUGGGAGUUCAGUUCUUGUUCCUCUGAGAAAAUACCUCUGUGCCCCAGAGCCCACAUUUCCCCAGAUGACCAUUUAGCUCCAGGGAGAGGACUAGGACAUCCUCCCUCCCUUUAGCUGCCUAAACUGAAUGAGGCCCACUCAGUAGAGCCAUUUUCAGUGCUACUGUGAUUUGUAUUAAUUAAAUAUGACGUGGUAUUCUCAAGUAA